ACAAAAAUGUCUGACUUUGGCUUAGGUCCAUUCAAUAAAACUGGAGGCUUAGGAACUCAUGGCAAAACUCUUUACUAUAAAACUGAUGGUACAGGAAGAGAUACUUAUAUAAAGUCCGAUAAUGGAGGGAUGACAUCAGUUAUUAGUCCUGUAAAAUGGCCUGAAGUUGGUACUUUCACUACAAAGAAUCAAUACGCAAGCCCUUCUCCAACCAAGCCGAUCCCAAUCGUCUACUAUAGAUCAGAUGGAUCUGGGAGAGAUAACUAUAUCACAUCUUCUUCUGGUGGUUUUCACCCAGAAGCUAUGGGAAAAAGAGUUGAUCACCAUUUCUUGGGUACCUUAAGAGCUUCAAGGCCAUCUAAUAAAGAAUAUUACAGAAACGAUAGAAAUGCUAAAAUGGUCAGAAAGAUGUCCUUUUCACCCACAAAGACCUUCUAUGAUAGGAAGAUGUAUCAGUACCAGAAGCAGAGUACAACUAGGCUUUCUAAGCCGAAGCACCAGAGAGAAAAAAUCGUCAAGACUGAUGUCCUAAUUACCAAAAAGAGUUCUUAG